CCGCUCGGUUCUUCACCUGGGACGAAAUCGGACUCCGCACGAAGCCAGAGGAUCCGAACCAGCAGAUGUGGCUGGUGAUCGACAGGAAAGUGUACGACAUCGCCAGCUUCUACAAGCGACACCCGGGAGGGUUGCGGAUUUUGAAGAGCCACGUCGGGGAGGAGGUCACGGAUGCCUUUGACACAUUCCAUGUCAACAAAUCAUUUGUGAAGAAGUUUUUGAACUCACUAUUGAUUGGGGAAUUGGCACCAGAUCAACCUAGUUUUGAACCCAACAAAAAUGAAAUGCUUAUCAUGGACUUCCGUGAGCUGCGCACUACUGUAGAAAAGAUGGGACUCAUGAAACCCAAUACUUCCUUCUUCUUGGCACUCCUCUUUCACAUCCUUGUACUGGAUGUCGCGGCCUGGCUCACCCUUUUGUAUUUUGGAACAUCUUUGCUACCUUUUGUUGCCUCUUUAGUGUUGCUUACAAUAGCCCAGGUUCAAGCUUCAUGGCUCCAGCAUGAUUUGGGGCAUUUUUCUGUCUUCCGGAAGACAAAAUGGAACUGCCUGCUUCACAAAUUUGUGAUGUGCCAUCUUAUUGGAGCAUCAGCCAACUGGUGGAAUCUCUUGCACUCUCAGCAUCACGCAAAGCCCAAUUGCGUCUCCAAGGAUCCAGAUAUUGACAUUCACCCAUUUUUGUUUAGUUUGGGAAAGUCUGUCUCUGUGGAACUUGGGAUAAAGAAGAUAAAGUACAUGCCUUACAACCAUCAGCACAAGUACUUCUUCAUCACUAUGCCUCCAUUGCUGUUUCCCACCUUCUUCCAGUUCCACACCUUUUAUGUUACUUUCAAGAAGAAAUUCUGGGUGGAUCUGGCCUGGAUGGCAUCAUACUACAUCCGGUUGUUCUUCAUGUAUAGGUCCUUACUAGGAAUAAAGAGUUUUCUGCUAUACUACUUGUUAUUCAGGAUGAUGGAAAGCUCCUGGUUUGUCUGGGUAUCCCAAAUGAACCAUAUACCUAUGAAUAUAGAUUAUGAUAAGAACUUGGACUGGGUCUCUACUCAGCUUCAGGCAACAUGCAAUGUUGAGACGUCCUUAUUCAAUGACUGGUUUACUGGGCACUUGAAUUUCCAGAUUGAACACCAUCUUUUCCCCACGAUGCCACGACACAACUUCUGGAAGGUAGCCCCUCUGGUGAAGUCAAUGUGUGCCAAACAUGGUAUUGAGUACAAAUGCAAGACUCUGCUGACAGCUUUUGCAGAUAUUUUACACUCACUGAAGGAUUCAGGAGAUCUCUGGCUGGAUGCCUAUCUGCAUAAAUAAGUACUGGCUUUACAGAGAAUGAGGCAAUUUGUUGUCACCAUGAAGACGUACCUCAACCCAGCAGAAAGCUUUGGGCACUUUUCAUU